GAUUCCUCGGAAGGAGGCUCAUCAGUAUUGGAAUUUGGAGAAGUGGAAGUGGGAGGAAGACAAGGGUUGGUUGCACAGAGUGGUAUCUGCUCGGGACUUUUUACCUUGUCUUACCUUGUCUGUGGCUACCUAUCUAAGGCUUCAUUUUAUUUUAUUUUUAUUUUUACUUUUGCUUUUGCUUUUGCUUUUGCUUUUCCUUCUGGAGACUUCGUACUCGGAGACGAGAUUCUUAAAAUAGUAGCAGAGAGGGGCAUGUACGAUUGGAUUCGGAUGGGAGGGAACAGAAGUCGGCGUCCGGAUGCUGGGAUUGUGCGAGAGAUGGAUGGAGGGAUAGAUGGGGAACGACACGGAGGAGAAGGAGGAAAGGGAAAUGAUAUGGAUGUGGAUAUGGAUAUGGAUAUGGAGAGCUUAUGGACCGAGUGUGAAGACGGAGGGUCCGAAAGAGAAGCUUUGGUAUUGGAAUUGGAUGAUGAGGCUGAGUCAUUGGGGAGAGAGCAUUGUUCAACCCACGCCGAUGCGAUUGAUGGAAAUAGAACUGGAGGGGUUCAGAUGACUUCGCGUUCGCAGAUUGUGAAUUUGGAUUCGCAUCUAGAUCCUGAUUCGGAUUCAGUCUCAGAUGAUGGGGAUGGGGAUGGGGAUGGGGACGAAGAGAAUGAAGAAGACGCUUUGAUAUCGAAUGGGGCUGAGCAGGAAAUGAUGAAUAUGGAAAUGGAAAUGGAAAUCAACUUGGAUAAAGCACAAGCUUGGACUCUUUAUCUGAGUCAUUUUUUAUCCACGUGGAAUGGAAGGAGUUAUGAAUUCGCAGCUAUCAUCUUCACGGCAAAUGCAUGGCCUGAUACGUUGGUCGCUGCUUCUAUCCGUGGUAUUGUGAGGACUUUAGCAUCCAUUUGUUUCUCCUCGAGUGUGGGGAGAUGGGUUGACAACAGUCCAGAUCGAUUAAGGAUCCUUUUGACAACGAUUACGGUCAAUAGAAUCGCGGUGAUUUGCGCUUCUAUAUUAUGGUUUUUCGUGGUGGAAUCGGAGAGCAACCCCGAAAAUGGUGUAUCUUUACUCCAGUCUGUCGAAGAUGAUGUCAAAUUCAGAGAUGCCAUGAAAAUUGCCAUGUUCUUACCAAUUCUUGGAUUUGGCAUUCUGGAGGGAUUAAGCGCUAAUGGGAAUAUGCUGUCAAUGGAAAGAGAUUGGGUGGUUGCUGCUGCGGCACCGGAGGGGAAUGAAUAUGAUCUCACGCAUUUGAAUUCUUCAAUGAGAAGGAUCGAUUUGAGUUGUAAACUUCUCGCGCCGAUAUUGAUCUCAUUCUUGAUCUCGAGAUGGGGCAUAAAUAUCGGGGUGAUAGUCGUAGGUGGUAUGAGUGCUGCGAGUUGGGGGUUGGAAAUGUGGUCUGCGAGGAGAGUAUGGAGUUCGAACCCUCGAUUACAAAAACGGAAGAAGAUAAGAAAUGAUGAAGGGGUCUCGAAUGUCGAGGUGCAAAGUUUGAGAGAGAAAAUCAUGCGGGGACUUCGUUUGCACAGGGAAGACUUUCGCAAUUACUUUUCGUCUAAAGUUUGGAUUCCUUCGAUGUCGCUCUCUUUACUUCAUCUUUCGGCACUUUCUUAUGGUGCCACAUUUGUAACCUUCUUGCUGAAUGCAGGGUUUUCGCUGGAUCUGAUUACGCUCGCUCGAGCAGCUGGUAGUGUGGUGGAAAUUAGUAGCACGGUCGUAACACCCUUUGGGGUUCGACAUCUUUCAAAAGCUCAUGGUCAUGGUCCAUAUGAUCGUUUACACAUAUCCAAUGAUCCACGUGAAGUUCCAUUACAGGGAGAAGGCGAAAUUGAUGAAUCGGGAAGAAUCACUACUGGGUUGGAACGAUUAGGUCUUUGGGGCCUUUCAUGGCAAUUUAUAAAUCUAAUCCCCGUAACACUCAUCCUCUGGGUUCUCUCCACUUCCACUCCUAUUCCUAGCACUCCCCUCUUCCCCCGCAUCGUUUCCCCACUCACCCCCAGUUCUCCUUUCCUUCCCCUCCUCCUCUUCACCUCCCUCUCCCUCUCCCGUCUCGGUCUCUGGAUCUUUGAUCUCACCACCCAGCAACUAAGCCAAACCCUCAUCGCGCCAACUCAUCGCUCCUCCUUCGCCGGGUGCGAAUACUCCCUCGUCGCGCUAUUCGAAUUGGGAAAUUAUGUAAUGGCGAUUCUUUGGUCGAGACAGGAUCAAUUUAGGUGGGUGGCAGUGGUGAGUUUGAUGGCGGUGGGGGUGAGUUCAGUGGUUUAUGCGGGGUGGGUGAGGAGUGUUAGGGGUCAUUUGGUACAUUGGGAGAGAGUGGGAAGGUGUGGUGGAAAGUGUGGCGGGGGAUAGAUUUAGAGGAGGAGAGAGGUUUUAUGAGGCAGUGAGCGAAAUCUAUUCAUUGCCUGAUCCUGACAUGAUGAUUUGCUAAAUACUAAAAAGUAGAUUUAUGUUUAUAUCUCCACAGACAUAUAGGUACACAAUCUCCAAUCUACAAUUCAAUCAUCAAAAUACCUAGCGAAUGAGCGCUAAUUCUUGCCUUCUCGUUUCCAACCGCACUGUACUCAUGAAUCUUACUUUUCGAAAAGUGUCCGAUAUGAUACUCUCGCACAACCAACAACCCAACAGCCCAAAAUUCACAAAACUUGAUUCCCCAAUCCAUCUCAUCUCAUCUCAUCUCACGGCUUGGAAUCGCGUCAACUCAAGCUCUCCAAGAAAUUUACCCAGGUACUCGAGAGAGCCA